AUGGUGUCAGCUAAUAUUUUUCGUCCGCUGCCUCCAUCACAACACCGGGGUUCUGUGUUAUUAGAAGCAGAAGAAGAGGAACCGCAGCUUGACAGCGCGUGGCCGCAUAUACAAAUUGUUUAUGAAUUCUUUCUUCGGUUUAUCGUCUCGAAUGACGUCAGCGCCAAACUUGCAAAGAAGUUCAUUGACCAUCAGUUCGUACUCAAGUUCCUAGAGCUGUUCAGCUCAGAAGACCCUCGAGAAAGAGAUUACCUAAAGACAAUCCUCCACAGAAUAUACGGAAAAAUAAUGGCGCUGCGCGUCAUUAACGGCUUUGCUGUCCCCCUGAAGGCUGAGCAUAAACUCUUUCUUGAGCGUGUAUUGUUGCCGCUUCAUAAGGCUCGCUCUCUUGCUGCCUUCCAUAAACAACUCACCUACUGCAUGGAACAAUACGUCGCGAAGGAGAGCCGCGUUGCUGUGCCCAUCAUCCUGGGUAUGGUCCGUUUCUGGCCAGCCUGCAACGCCCCCAAGGUGGUAUUAUUUUUGAAUGAAUUGGAGCACGUGCUGCAGGAGACGCAGCUGCCGGAGUUCCAGGAGGUGAUGCUGCCGCUGUUUACACGGCUAGCUGAAUGCAUUCAAUCCCCCAACUUUUUGGUGGCUGAGAGGGUCCUCUUCCUGUGGAACAACGAAAAGAUCGUCAGGCUUAUCAACCUCAACAGGCCGGAGUUGUUUCCCAUCAUAAUAGGGGCAUUGUUUCGUAGCUCACAGCAGCACUGGAGCGUUACUGUGCACACGCUAACGUACAACGUCUCCAAGCUGCUGGCCCAAGCGGACACAGCCCUCUUUGAUGAAUGUAGCAGCAGAUUUGUCGCUGAAGAGAAACGGCGGAAGGAGCAGGAAGAGGAGAGGGCUCAGCGCUGGGCAGAGCUCGAGGCCGAGGCAGCAGCAAAGGGGAGCUGGAGGGCUGCUGCUGAGGGGGAGGACCAGAAGACAGUCCCUGCCCACUGA